GAGAACAGACGCAAAGCCGUCGCCGCGUCGUCGAGACUCGGAGACGAGACAGGACCGCUCGGUCGCCAUCGCCCGAGUCGGAGAACGCGCCUAGGGUUAGGAGCAUGCACGCCUGCUUCACCCUCGACGGCCUCCUGCACGAGUUGCACACUCAGCUGGCUGUGGUUCAUGUGUAGUCGCAGUCGUGUCUGGCCAAGUCGAUGGACGCUGCACAGCCUGACUGGCAACGGCGUGUCCAGGUCACGGCAGUCAGCGUGUGGCUCAAACUCUAGAUGGCCCUCCCAUAUACUCAAAUACAUAGCCUCGCUUCGUCCUCGAGGCCCCCACCCCCUCGAGCCCCCCUCUCUGCUUGCGCCUCCACCGACCCUGUUCUUACGCUCACGGCUGCGUCUCCUCCCACAGAGCAUACAUUCACGUCGCGUCCCAUAGCGUGCGACUGCCCAGAUGUCCGAAUUCCAGCCUAGCCUUUUUUUCCCUUCCCCCGACGACGCCUCACACGCACAAGUCACGCCAUCGAUUACCGACGGGCAUAUUGAUGUCGAUCAGAGCAGUGCCGAUGAACAGGCUGUCAACUUAAAGCGAUCGAAUGUUGACGAAUCGAGUGCCCGUGGAGUCGGUGUCACAUUCUGCAAGCUCUUCGACGCCGGCAGAUGGGUCUGGGGAAACUGGUGGGACGCACGUUUUCAAGGCACCCUGCCGCUAGCCCUCUCCGCUCGCAUCCCGCUCGAGGUCUUCAUGCUCAUCAUCGACGCCAUCGAGUAUCAGCCCACGUUCGCCGCUGUGGCACUUGUCUGCGCAACGUGGUAUCGUCGAGCGAUGCACAAACUAUACUACGAUCUCGAGAUUCGCAGCCGCACAAGCUACAACAUGCUGUUCAAGCAUUGUCGCGCGUCGCCACGCGUCAAGCAGUGGCUCGCGACCACAUGCAAGCUGGUGGUAGAUGGGGGCUGCAAUCGGACAGCUUACUACUACGGCAAAAACAAGAGCAAUGUUGACAACAGCUUCCUUCAAGCACUACCGUCCGCGCUCGUUGGUCUAGUACCUCGUGUACGCAUCCUUCACAUCGAAAAUGGAAGACUUUGUUUCAUCCGCACGGAUUUCUUCCUCGCCUUGUCGAGGUUCAAGUCUGUCAAGUCGUUGACGCUUCAGGGUUGCAAACUGCACAGCAUCACGCAGCUGUGGCGGAUUGUGUCUGCCUUCCCCCAGCUUACAGACAUCAGCAUAAACGUUAGGAUCGCUCAGCAAGAUGCUGCUGGCAGUCACGCGGGGGCCUCAUUUCUUCGGACACCAUCUCACAUGCGUCUUCGAUACCUUGACAUCUUCGUGCACGAAGAAUGCAUGGCGAUGUUCGUUGACUGGAUGGCGCGUUCAUGCCUCUGCACCUCACUUGCGGAUCUGACAUUUCGGUGUGCCUAUCCCUCCAUGGCACGGACAUCCCUUAAUAAACUCCUCGAAGCGGCAGGGGCAUCAUUGUCCUGUUACUGCCAGACGUGCUAUUUUCCUAAUGGACCUAUGGGCCACGGAGAUCUGUCGCAGAACACCGCCUUGCAAUCCUUGGACUUCGGGCUGAAUGACAUCAGCUACGAUACCAGAUAUUCGCCUCAGCUCGGGCCUGGCGCGGCGUGGACCACAGCAACAUACGAGUUACGCAGCAUCUUCUCCGCCAUCCGAAGCCGUCAGCUUGAGCACAUCAAGGUCCAGGCUCAUGUUCGCAUCGGCGACAUCAUUCUCGACCAUGAGCAACCCAGCGCUGUCCUCGACGAGCUCAACCAGUGGGACCUGCACGAGGUCAUGAGCGAGCCAUACUUCGACAAAUUAAAGGAUGUCGAGGUGAAGAUGGACCUGUACCCUCAGACCAAUCAGACAGUAUUGCAUAAGGACACCGUCGGUCAGAAGCUCCAGGCCAUGUUCCAUGCCAUAUUUCAGCCAUGGUCCGCCCGUGGCAUAGUCAACGUCACCUGGGUGCGCGGUUGAAGUAUUGUAAACCCAUUCAGCAACCCCGGGAGUCCUCGUGACGUGGCACGUCA